AACUCUCUCUUUUUUUCUCCUUCUUUCUCAUCCCUCUCUUUGUUCUGCACAUGAAAGACAGAUAAAGAAGAAGGGAUGGUCUUGAGAGGGUGAGUUAGAGAGAGGGAGAGAGAGAGAUAGAGAGAGAGGGAGGGAGAGAGAGAGACUGUGGAGGGCGCAAGAGCGCACGAGUGAGUGAACGGAGUGCUGCUCUGCUGUCGCUCAGGAGAGGAGGAGAGGAGAGGUUGGUGCUUCAGUCUCUGAAUGAAGGAGCGCUCGCAGGGAAGGAUGAACAGAUAGAGGGACGCGUCGGUGAAUCGGUUAUCGGACCCCGACUCGGGCUUCUUCCAGAGCGCAGAGACGGUUUUGGAUGCCACCUGAACGGAUCCAGUAGACUUCAGUAGAGUCCGGCGAAGGCCCAGCUGCGUCAGAGGAAACGGCUCUUUCAACCAUGUCUAAGCCGCCAUCUUCUCCACCCUUUCUCAGCCCGUCCCACGCCUCCUCACUCCUCUUCCUCCUCCUCUCCUUCCUCACGCUGCUGUCAUGCCCACAGUCGGUCCACGCAGGUUCCUCGAAGAAAAACUGCUCAGCUACCGGGGACCCGUGUCAGGAAGGCGUCGUUCUGCCCAUCUGGAAUCCCCAGAAUCCUUCUGUCGGGGAUAAAGUGGCACGGGCCAUCGUGUACUUCGUGGCGCUUGUAUACAUGUUCCUGGGCAUGAGCAUUAUAGCGGACCGGUUCAUGUCUUCUAUAGAGGUCAUCACAUCCCAAGAGAAGGAGAUCACCAUAAAGAAGCCGAAUGGUGAGACAACUACAGCCACGGUCAGAAUAUGGAACGAGACCGUUUCUAAUCUCACUCUCAUGGCCUUGGGCUCCAGUGCCCCUGAGAUUCUGUUAUCCGUUAUUGAGGUGUGUGGUCACGGCUUCGAGGCCGGCUCUCUGGGCCCCAGCACCAUCGUGGGCAGCGCCGCCUUCAACAUGUUCGUCAUCAUCGCCUUGUGCGUCUACGUGGUUCCCGACGGAGAGACGCGCAAAAUCAAGCACCUCAGGGUUUUCUUCGUCACUGCGGCGUGGAGCAUCUUCGCCUACAUCUGGCUUUACCUGAUUCUAAGUGUCAUUUCACCCGGCGUGGUGGAGGUGUGGGAGGCGGUUCUGACCUUCCUCUGCUUCCCGCUCUGCGUGGUCCAGGCCUGGGUGGCCGACCGACGCCUUCUCAUCUACAAAUAUGUCCGCAAGCGCUACCGCGCCGACAAGCACCGCGGCAUCAUCAUCGAGACGGAGGGCGGGACCGACCUGGGGAUGGGAGGCCUGGACGGAGGCAGCGGCGGGGGGGCGCUGGGUCCGGGGGGCUUCACCAAGAUGGACAUGCUGGAGCUGGACGGACAGAUGGCGCUGAACUGCCACGGCGGCUUCGACGGAGGGAUGAUGGAGGAUGGAGGAGCAAAGGAUGAGGAAGAUGAGGCCAGGAGGGACAUGGCGAGGACGCUGAAGGAGCUGAAGCAGAGACACCCGGAUAAGGACAUGGAGCAACUGAUUGAGAUGGCAAAUUAUCAGGUCCUGAUGCAGCAGCAAAAGAGCAGAGCUUUCUACCGUAUCCAGGCAACCAGGAUGAUGAUCGGCGCGGGCAACAUCCUCAAGAAGCACGCUGCUGACCAGGCUCGCAAGGUGGUGAGCAGUCACGAGACUCAGGCGCAGGAGGACGACCCUUACACCAUCAGAAUGGACUUUGAACCCGCUUUGUACCAGUGCUUUGAAAACUGCGGCUCCCUGAAACUCACCGUGGGCAGACACGGAGGAGACGCCGGGCUCACCGUCAAGGUGGAUUAUCGCACCGAGGACGGUACGGCCAACGCAGGUUCAGAUUAUGAGUUUGCUGAAGGAACGCUGCUGUUUAAGCCGGGAGAGACCCUCAAAGAGAUCACAGUCGGCGUGAUUGACGACGACAUCUUUGAGGAGGAUGAAUACUUCUACGUGCACCUCAGUAACCCCCGUGUGGUGGGCUACCCUGAGACCGCCACCGCCCCGCUGGAUGCCAGCACCCCCCCGAAAGCCGUGCUGGGUGACAACCACACGGCCACAGUGACCAUCUACGAUGACGAUCAUGCAGGCAUCUUUACCUUCGAGGGGGCCACUCACAGGGUGAGUGAGAGCGUAGGUGUGAUGGAGGUGAAGGUGCUCAGGACUUCAGGGGCUCGGGGCCUCGUCGCCGUCCCCUAUCGAACCCUGGACGCCUCCGCCAAAGCAGGGGAGGACUAUGAACUGUCCGCUGGAAAACUGGAGUUUCAGAACGACGAGACCAUGAAGAUCAUUGAGGUGAAAAUUAUUGAUGAUGAAGAGUAUGAGAAGAACAAGACCUUCACCAUUGAGCUGGGAGAGCCUGUUCUGUUGGAGAUAGGACAGAAACACGGUGACUCCAACGAGAACAAGCCUUUAGUGGGAGCAGAGGAGGAAGAGGUGGCCAAGAUGGGCUGUCCGAGUCUGGGCGAACACACACAGCUGGAAGUGAUCAUAGAGGAGUCCUACGAGUUCAAGAGAGCGGUGAACAUUCUUCUUCGCCGACGGGCUGAAAAGAGUACAGUAGAUAAGUUGAUCAAGAAGACAAACCUGGCGUUGGUGGUGGGCAGCAGCAGCUGGAGGGAGCAGUUCGUCAGCGCCGUUACUGUUAGUGCAGGAGAUGACGACGAGGAAGAGAGCGGCGAGGAGCGACUGCCCUCCUGCUUCGACUACAUCAUGCACUUCCUCACCGUCUUCUGGAAGGUGCUGUUUGCCUUCGUGCCGCCCACGGAGUACUGGAACGGCUGGGCCUGCUUCAUCGUCUCCAUAUCGCUGAUCGGCGUCCUCACCGCCGUCACGGGCGACCUGGCCUCGCACUUCGGCUGCACGAUAGGACUGAAGGACUCUGUGACGGCCGUAGUGUUCGUGGCGCUGGGGACAUCGGUGCCAGACACGUUUGCCAGCAAGGUCGCCGCCAUCCAGGACCAGUACGCCGACGCCUCCAUCGGCAACGUCACCGGCUCCAAUGCCGUCAACGUGUUCCUGGGCAUCGGCGUGGCCUGGACCAUCGCCGCCGUGGCCUGGCGCUCCAAGGGCAAACAGUUCCACGUGGACCCGGGAAACCUGGCCUUCUCCGUCACCCUCUUCACCAUCCUGGCCGUGGUGUGCGUGCUCACGCUGCUGUACCGGAGACGGGCCACCGUGGCCGGCGGCGAGCUGGGCGGGCCGCGGACUUGCAAGGUGGUGACGUCGCUGGUCUUCGUCUCGCUUUGGCUAGUUUACAUCCUGCUGGCUUCCAUGGAGGCCUACUGCCACCUACCAGAGUUUUGAGAACUGCGAGAACAAAAACCCACGGCCGAUGUACGGGGAGUGGAGUGGGAACCAGGUCUAGAUAUGGACUGAUCCUUAUACAAAAAGCAAAACAUAAAACAUAUUUAUCUCCUUCCAUUCAUUUUCUUCCCUUAAACAUGAUCUUAAACCCUGAUGGGUCACCACGACUUCUAAAAAUGACGAUCACGCGCUCAAGUGAUGGAAAUACCACAUUCCUGAGCCUAAAGCAUUCAUUAAAAACCACAAAGUGUUGGCUUUCAACAGGAUUCGUAUCAUCAACAAUGGACAGGCUGAUAUUGUUCCAGUUUACUGCCAAACCAGCAGCAACGAUAAUCAGUCAGCAUCUGGAGAGAAAAGCAAAGCUGCGAGGAAGAAUAACGGAGCGAGAUUAUGAGAAGAAACAAAAGCUGCCAGCAUCAAACCUUCCAGAGGAGGGACGUGUAAUGAUCAUAGAUGGCUAGAGGGAAGAAAUAUCUGGAGAUAGAAAAAGUUAGAGAUGAAAGAAAGAACUUCAAAAUCUUCUGCAGCUUUCCCCCUGACGGGCUUUUUCUUUACGGCUUGAUGGUUGUCAUGGGAACACUGGAUCCAUCUGUGAUAACCUCGGAACCAUCUAGUUCUGACAGUGACUUGCUGUUUGACUUCUAAUGCCUCCGUCUCUAAAUGUACACACACACACACACACACACACUCGUAUACCGGGGCCCUCAGGUGACCCUGCAAUCAACUGGCAGCCUACGUGAUAACUGACCUUGUUUUUGUCUGUUUUUAUGUUGUUUUUUUGGAUACACUGUGCUAAAUGAAUCCCUCCAACCCACAUAACUUGCUACACACACACACACACACACACACACACACACACUCCGUACAAUAAUUCCCCAGCCCGCCUUAUUUUUAUCUGCCAUGUAGGAAAAGUCUUGAAGUCGUGAAAAUUAACUGAUGUAGUUACCACCUCUUCUUUUUCUUUCUUUUAUGGUUUUUUAUUGUUGUUUUUUUUAUUGCAUCUACUUCUCAAUGCCUCUCCUCCAAGGCCAGCCCCAGUCCUCACAUUUAUUUUCUACACUUUUUAAGUGGUGUCGUGUGUUGAUGUUGUUACCGUGCAAUUUUACAAACAACAACACCAACAACAAAAGUUAUGUGAACAGAUGAUGAGGAGGAAAAGACAGUGGAUGAUGUCGAGAUUGGACACGACCUUGAAGGAUUGAGAAAUAUCAAGAGGAGAGGAAAGACGCGUGGAGCCAACUAGCGGGUUAACUUGCAAAAUGUUGUGAUGUUUACUGUUUACACUUUGAAAAACUACAAAACUCUGGACAAAUACAGCCUACAAGGGACGUACGUGAAGCCAGGCGACAUCACUAAAGGUGGCGGAGGAAGGAGCCAGCGGAGCGACGGAUCGUACCAACUGUGACCACGACGGUGACUGUGAAAGCGACAGCAGUCUUGUUGACAAAUCAAAACAUGACCAUACCCAGUGUUUCUCGUUGUACAUAUGAAUAUAAGAAACUUUAAUUGACGUGUGAAAAUCCAUUGAUAUUCAUUUGUGUGAAGUCUCGUCUCUGUAACGAGGACCGUGGAUGUAGACGAAGGUCUGGCUGCCGUCGGUCUUUCAACACGAAGGAAAUCUAUUGCAACAAAAUGAGGAAAGGGUUCGGCAGCUCUUGAAUAUCACGGGACUAUUCUACAUCAACUGGGACAUUUCUUCGUAAUCAGCAUUACAAAAAAAAAAGUAUUACAAGUCUCUGUUAUCCAAAGAUUUGAUAAAACGUCACGGAUCACUAACAGCUCAUUUCAGCGUGCAGAUUUUCUUUGUAGGCAUCUUACAAUUCCCAGGAGCUGGCAGCUGUUAGGAAAACAGAAAAAAAGUGUUCACACUACAGCUAAAUGUGCUAAAUGAUCUGGUCUGUUUAAUAUGGCUUAAUGCGUGCUCUGCUCUGUUUUUGUUGACUCAGGCGUGGUGUGCAUGUGUGAAAGCCAGAUGAAGAUAUGAGACUAUAUAGAGGAGGAGAGUUUCCCCCCACAUGUCAUGUCGUAUCCACCGCUCCGUCAUCCAAGUCUGUCUGAGAACACGGCGUAGCCCACAUUUACAUUACGCUGUGUUAAUACCGCCGGUCAUGGCCAGAGGCGGGGCAGUCGGGCAGAAGGGACGGCAUAUGGCUUGUCAGUGAGGAUUAUUAUUAAACGUGUUACAUCAGUAGAGAAAGAGAAACUCCACAGAAAGUGAGUGAUUGUCCUCCACUCCAACGCCGCUGAUUGCAAAGCCUCGAGGAAAGUUCUCCUGAGAGGAAAACUGUCAUCUGGCCUUUUGUUAUCCCCAGUGUGCACUAAAACGGAAAAGAAAACAACAGUUUAGCUGCCCAAGGCCAACUUUGUUAAAUACGGACAGAUUUACGCGCCGCUUUGGGCCUCACGUAUGGCGUCAAUGCAGUGCCGUCAACAGAAUAUCGAGGAGCAAAACCCAGAAAUCCGUAAUCAAGAAAUUAAACUGUGCAAGCGAGCACCUUUUAGCUUUUAUGCUUUCUAGAUAAGUUAACCACUUCUCUUUGAAUAGUCUUUCUUGUUUAUGCUUUUCUUCUUCUCACUUUUGGUUCUGAAAGGAUUUUCACUUGAAAAUCUGCAGUGGGGGGAAGUGGAGAGGUGGGCCGCAUCUCGGGAUACUAGAGGCGGGAACUAGUAGCUCAUUGGCUGCUUCAGGAGACAAACAUUAAAAAAAAGACUAUAGCAGCAUGUCAAGUGUAGUUUCCCAGCAUGCUUUUGGCAGUGUGUUUGCCACAGUUAGAGGUUAAGAUAUUGUUUUAUUGUUGUUUAUUACUGUUUUGAUGCAGGUGAAGGUAUGUGAUGAAAAAAGCAUCUGAAGUGAGUCAGACAGUGGAAGAAAAGGUUUUGUAUUUUUUUGGUCUGUUUCCGAUCAUCAUUCCUAAAGUGUGUUCACAUGAAUCUAGACCUUUGUCCAAACUUAAUCCAGGAUCAUUACACCUAAUAAGGGUAACCGAAUGCCAAACAGCUCGCUGGCCCUGAUGACCCAAUGAGCUACUUGAUCCCAGCAUCCAGCAAUGUGUCCCGCCUCCUCCCAAUGUAGAUUUUCAAGCACCAAUCUUUAUAAGACUGAAGGUGAGAGAAAGGAAAGCGUUACUGAGAAACACCAUUUAAAGGAGCUUGAGGCAGGAUUUAUGAAAAAAAUUCCGUUCCAAACCAAAAAGAAUGAGCCCUCUAGUGUAUCUCUCCGUUGCCUUGAACAGGCUGUGUGCUGCAAAAUGUGCUGCAAUUCGGAGGCCGAAUUUCCCGCGCUGUCCUGCGGAUGUGACGUCACAUGACGCUGCAUGCGCGUUCUCCCCGUUCUCCCGUGCCGGCUUCACUGUUGGCUGCAGUACCCCCGACGGCCGUCGUGGUGAAGGGUGGCGCUAGAGAGUCUCAUUUCUUAAAAGGAGCCUCAUGCUCCUUUAAGGGAACUCAUUUUAUCCCUUUCAAAGGGAUUAACUCAAACGCUUUAAGAUGUGUUACAGUGGAAAACUUUCAAAUUUGUGUUUUCACAUCAGCGUUGAAGCAUCUGAUUCAUCAGGCCCAGUGAUUAACCAAUAAAGUGAUUAACCAAUAAAGGAAACAAGAGGAGUGGUUACAGAUUCUGGCGUCAUAUUGAUGCCAUACUUAAAGGAAGCUCAUUUCUGACCAGGACCAGCAAAGUGUCUGACAAAGUCUCUCCGAGGUCGAUGAAAACAGAAAAUGAUCAUUUCCAGCAGAGAUACUAUUCUUUAAGGGGUUAAAUGCUCACCAUUUUCAAAUUGUUUUCAGUCUAACAGCAAUGUAUGAAAAUAAAUAAACAUUUCAAACUUUUAUUGUGGAAAAAACAGUGAAGACAUCCUUAAAAUGAGUAUAAAAAAGUACUUUUCUGGAUGUAUUGAAAUCAUCUUUAUGCAUCCAUAAGUAAAGUUUUCUUCCCGCACACUGAGUGCCAGCCAGGUUGAGUGCCUCUUGCCCGAUGGUUCAGGCAUCGCUGUAGACUCAGCUGCAGAUCGUGUUCAUAGGCAGGCCAGGUCAUCGGGACACGCUUUUAAAACUGACUACCCACUCUUGUGGAGCAUUUGAACCACUCUCAUCAAACCUGGCUCUUUAUCCGCACCUUCCACUUCAUCUAUUCCUGGAUCAAUCCGAGCGCUUUCAAAAGCACCUGAGGUCCAGCUGGAGGUGGCUGCAGAUAGAAAGUGAAAAGCUCACAGAAUUCUUCAGGCUUCAUCUUCCUGGCAGCAUCAGUCUUUCACGUUAGAUUUUAUUUUACUUUUGCGUGACUUUAGCUUGAUCAAGGUGGCUUUACCAGGCAAGUGACGCUACAGAGUUCAAACACCUCGACUCAUUUUUAAGUGGUACAUUGGGGUUGCUCCAUGUGUCCUCGGUUGAACCUACGGGUCUGGAUGUUUACUGACUCGCUCAGCUGAGACCAUUCACCUAAAUCCUUUCAUUAUUUCUGGUUUUGACAUGUUUCCGGUUGGCAUGUCUCACGGCCUGCCGAAGACCGGGGACAUCUGUCGAGUCAAACGGUUUUUGCUUUGUUGUUUGUCAUUAAUGACUUAAUCUUCUGUAACCGGGUGAAGAAAGGGUGGGCAGGACAAUAGCGCCGCUGACGUCACGGGGACACAAGAAUACCGGGACAGAUUUAGAAAUGUCGGCUUUUUAAAGGUUGAUAAGCUUUGCUGAGGACAGCUCUGUGUGUGUGUGUGUGUGUGUGUGUGUCCCUGUGUGUGUGUGUGUGUCUGCUUUGGCAGUGAGUCACAACCAAAUUCAACCAAAUUCUUUCGUCUGUAGCCUGUUGCUUAGCGACUAUCAAUACACCGCGUAACCAGUCUUUCUGGCUCUUGCUCGUAUGUGUGUGUGAGACAAGUGUUUCAUUCUGCUUUCACAUGUCUCACUUUGUCUCUUUGCCCUUCUUCUUGUGAACGUGACGGGGCUUUAUUUUUCUUCAAUUCCUCUCUUUCUACAGAAUUUGAACAUUUGAACAUGUCGCCUGUCAUAUGCUCAUCUCCUCCACGUGUGUGCUUCUUGUACCUGUGCCUCCCCUCGUCUGCAUGUGUUUGCAUCCGUCGUCUGUACGUCUCCACGUGUGUUUGUGCCUUUUAGCGUGAGUGUGUGUGGACCGGUGCGGUAAUCUCCUUACAAGAGCUUGCCCUCCGUGUCCCGGUGGAGUCCCGUACGCUGGUUUAAUGAAUUUGAACGCCUACCUGACCCACGUCAAAAAUACCCGAAAAUUGGAUUACCUGUGUGUAUGUGCGUGCGUGCGUGCGUGCGUGCGUGCGUGCGUGCGUGCGUGCGUGCGUGCGUGCGUGCGUGCGUGCGUGCGUGCGUGCGUGCGUGCGUGUACAUGUAUGUGUGGUUGUUGUACCUGUAUUUAUUGAUACAUGACAGAACUGGCUGAUUGAUCCAGACCAGGAGUAAAUACCGGUGCUUGGUUUGAAGGGGUCUCACAUCGAGGUAACCAGCUCUCCAUCCCCGGAUUGGCAGGUGGCUUCAUGCAGACACAUUUACGUACUUACAUACACUACAUACACAUUUAGAUCAAAAGAGAAAACAAAACAGAACUGAUACUCUUUGGUAUCUAAAUGUAAAUCUCUGCAGUAAUGUAAAUCAGUCAUGAACUGACGGCAGUGGUCUCCAGGUCUUACAUGAUUUGUUGUGUUUGCGUGCAUGCGUUUGCGUUCGGGGUGUUCACACAACUGAAUCUGGGUUUGAAAUGGAAGCAGUAAAUGUGUUCAUGUGUGAACUAGUACGGCGACAUUGUCAAUGAGUAAACUGUUGUAUUUACUUUACAGUUUCACAGUUUCUGUAUUUUGACCACAUAGGCUUGUAAAGACGAUGAGAAAUGAUCGAACAGAUAAGUGCAGGCAAAGUACCAAGUGCAGUAUUGGCUGUCCAGAAAAUAAACACGAAAAAGAAAGCUCCUCCCACUUCAGAAUACUAUUCACGGAUUGGCCGUUGCUUUGGCGUGGACAGCCAAUCACAGAGCUCGCUCUUCAAGCGUCGUAACAAAAAUUCAAAAUAUGACAUAUCACAUUAAUGAGCUGGAUGGUUAACAGCUUUGUUGGAUUCUCAUUAGAUAAUUAUUCAUGGUCAUGUUAAACACAUUUCCUGUAUUUAUUUAUGUAGCAAUUUAUUUUAUAAUGUUGGUUUAAUAAUGAACAUGGACUGAUUCUCACGUGUCGGAGCCUCUCAGAGCACGAGCUUAGUGGACAAAUGACCUCCAGAUGCAGUGUAUCUGUGUGUUUUUGUAAAUGUUUGGACAUUUGCGGUACAAGUGAUACUGAACAAAUCUCUUAUUCAAAAACAUCUUGUAUAACUGUAUCAACCAACCAAGUAUUUAUUUUCUACUUAAUUCUUCUCUCAUUAAGCCAUUCUGUCUCUCUAACUUAAACAUAUUUCUAUAUUUUUUUCACUUUAUAUUCAUGCAGUCCUACUUAUGAGGUCACAAAGUGCUUUUGAUAUGAAUUUAUGGGAUUCUUUUAUUUCUUAUUUUGAUUCUGAAAGUCAUUUUUCUGUUGUGUUGUUCCUCUUAUUUGUUGCAUUUGUUUGGUUUAAGUUUUGAUCAAUUGUUUUGUAAAAGUUUUAAAAAAUCCAUCAGAGAGCAGAACAACACCUUAGCAUAUUAGCAAAUAACAAUAAGUGUGCCGUUAUCCUUUUUAUUGGGAGUGUGUGUGUGUGUGUGUGUGUGUGUGUGUGUGUGUGUGUGUGUGUGUGUGUGUGUGUGUGUGUGUGUGUGUGUGUGUGUGUGUGUGUGUGUGUGUGUGUGUGUGUGUGUGUGCGUGUGUGCGUGUGCGCGAACAUGUGCAUUACUUCAUAUCGGUCCGUCCAUGAGUGUGUUGAUGCAUGAAUUAAACUCAUUCUGCAAACAGUGUUGAUGUUGGAAAUGUCGUAGUAAAGAUUAAAGUAUUUUUAAAUGCUGAAAAUGACAUGAAAAUGAUAUAGAUGUUUACAAAGACCAAACUUUUCUCUUUUCUUUUUUCCUCAAAGGUAAA